AUGAUGGGGAACACGCUUGUCAAGUCUGCAGCUUUGGAUUUUGGAAUUCAGUGGGCAUGUUGGGCUGUCGCUGCAGUUCUGAAAACGGAGAAAUUUUACGACCUGGCAGGUAGUGGAACGUUUGCUCUGUUAGCCUACCAAUCUUUAAGUUCUGGUGGCAAGUUUUUUCUUCGACAGAAAAUUAACACUGGUUUAGUUUUAACAUGGGCAUUCCGAUUAGGGACAUAUUUGGUGACAAGGAUUAUGAAAGAUGGAGAAGAUAAAAGAUUUAAUAAUGUUAGAAACAGACCUUCUGUUUUCCUAGUUUAUUGGACCAUACAAGGUCUUUGGGUAUUUGUGACUCUUUUACCAACUCUUAUAGUUAACAGUAAACAGAAAGAUCGUAAACUGACAACAAAUGAUUAUAUGGGCUGGACGAUCUGGGCUAUUGGCUUUUUGUUUGAGGCACUUGGUGAUUAUCAAAAAUCUGUUUUUAGAGCGAACCCUGAUAACGCUGGAAAAUUUAUUAACACUGGACUCUGGAGUAUUUCACGUCAUCCAAAUUAUUUUGGAGAGAUCUUAAUGUGGCUCGGUUUGUACCUUUCAUCAACUUCUGUUUUAAAAGGAUUCGAACAUGUUGGAGUUAUUUCCCCUAUGUUUGUGGCUUAUUUGUUGAUUAACGUGUCAGGGAUUCCUUUACUGGAAAAAUCGUCGUUGAAACGUUGGGGACAUUUACCAGCUUACCAACAAUAUCUUCAAAAUACCGCAAAACUAGUGCCGUUUAUUUGGUAG